GACGUGGCCGUGGCCGACAGUCCGGCUUCCUCGUCCCUGUCCAGGCGGCGCUCCCCGGCCAGGGGAUGCUCGUGAGGGGCGCGCGGCUGCGGCUCCGCUCUGACCGGAUGGGGACGCCUCAGCCUCGCAGGCCGUGAGUGAUGCCGGAAGCUCCGUUGGGCCUCGCCCCGCUGCUGCGCCAUCCCCUCAGCCCGUCCUUCGCCGCCAGUGACGGAGUGGGUCUCAUGGCCUAGUGGGUAGAGCGUCCGGCUGGUGACAUCCGGGAGCCUCGGGUUUAAAUUCUUACUCCGCCCCGGAGGCUUGCUGAGUGACCUUGGGCCAGCCGCUGUCUUUCAACCUAACCCACUUUGUAGGAUGGUGUGGAGAUAUAAAUAGCUUUUGGAAGAAGAAGGAGAGAAGAAACUGCACCAGGAAGACUUCAGUAGGAACGGCUUACACAGUAGACUGAAAUAGGCCCUGACUUCCGUCUUCUUCCAUGGAUCCUCUGGGUGCUCCUUCCCAUUUUGUGGAUAUUGAAAGCUUGCCAGGAUGGGCUGACCUUUAUGAGGCAGAUUCUGAAAGUCUGUUUGAAAAAUGCCAGGUUGAUGUCCCGUCGCCCUUCCCGUAUAGGAAAGACAUCAAUGCAAAAAUAAUACUGUGGAGGGGUGACGUGGCACUGCUGAACUGCACGGCCAUCGUGAACACCAACAACGAGUCUCUCACCGAUAAGAAUCCAGUGUCGGAAAGUAUCUGCUUGCAUGCAGGACCUGAUCUGAGGGCGGAACUACAGAAACUCAAGGGCUGCCGGACAGGGGAGGCCAAGCUGACCAAAGGCUUUAAUCUUGCUGCACGUUUCAUCAUUCACACCGUGGGGCCCAAAUACAAGAGUCGAUACCGCACAGCCGCAGAAAGUUCCUUGUACAGCUGCUACCGUAACAUUUUACAGCUUGCAAAGGAGCAGGCAAUGUCUUCAGUGGGAUUCUGUGUCAUAAACACGGUGAAACGAGGUUACCCUUUAGUGGACGCCACCCACAUAGCACUGCGGACAGUUAGGCGAUUUCUUGAGAUUCAUGGGAAAGCCCUUGAAAAAGUGGUGUUUGCUAUAUCUGAGUUUGAAGAGGCCACUUACCAGAAGAUGCUGCCUCUGUAUUUCCCAAGGUCGUUAGAAGAGGAGAGGCAGUCCUUGUCUUUACUGCCUGCUGAUAUUGGCAAUGCGGAAGGGGAGCCAGUGGUGCCUGAACGUCAGAUCAGAAUUAGUGAAAAGCCGGGUAUUUCGGAAGAGAAUUCUGAUGAGGAAGGGCUUGAAGCAGACUUGGCGUUCAUUGGGUCCCAUGCUUUUGCCCGAAUGGAAGGAGAUGUGGACAAGCAGAGGCGCCUUGUUCUCCAAGGGCAGCUCUCUGAAGCAGCACUGAAGAAACAGCAUCAGAGGAAUUACAGUCGCUGGCUCUGUCAGGCAAGAGCAGAAGACCUGUCUGAUAUCGCUUCCCUCAAAGCUUUGUACCAAACAGGUGUGGAUAACUGUGGCCGUACAGUGAUGGCAGUGGUUGGAAGGAAUAUACCGGUAACGCUAAUAGACAUGGAGAAGGCUCUCUUGUAUUUCAUCCAUGUGAUGGACCACAUUGCAGUGAAGGAAUAUGUCAUUGUUUAUUUCCACACACUCACUAAUGUCUACAACCACCUUGACUCGGAUUUCCUAAAGAAACUCUACGACAUUGUUGAUGUCAAGUACAAAAGAAAUCUGAAAGCCUUGUACUUCGUCCAUCCAACAUUUCGUUCAAAGGUGUCAACAUGGUUUUUCACUACCUUCACUGUCUCAGGACUGAAGGACAAGAUCCAUCACGUGGAAAGCCUCCAGCAGCUGUUCACAGCGAUCCCCCCUGAACAGAUUGACUUCCCACCAUUCGUUCUCGAAUAUGAUGCUAGGGAAAAUGGGCCCUCCUAUUCUUACCCCUCUUCUCCAGAUCUCUGACCUCACAGCACUGCCAUUAUUUCUGGCCUCCCGAGGCCAUGAGACCUGCUGCUUGCCAACACCGUCUGUGAUGAGCUGCCCUGAUCCAUGUACAGAGAUCAGAGGGAAGGGUUUUCCUCCCCGCCUCUGGUAUUUUUUUACAGUGACAUUUGCAAGCACACAAGCAGUCGGAGUACUAGACGGCCGUGAACUGCCGUGGCAUCAGAGCUCUCUUUCGCGCUCCGGUGGGGAAGCUCGUUUUGGACUUCUGGAGUAGAUUCCAUUUUCUUUUUUUCUGGAUAGCACGGUUUUGCCCUCACCAAUACAACUUUCUCAGAGAGUCGCUUGGAGUAAGUUUUAACCUUAUUCUGCAAGUUCUCAGUUUUUCCUUCAGUGCCCUGUUCUUGACGGGUUUGGGUAGGGGGGAGAUACAAUAUCAGCUUAACGAGAUUGUGUAAUCUUUGCAAUUCAAACACAACUUGUGUGUGAUUUUUUCCCCCUAAGGCACCUUCUGAAAAUGUAGCUGCAGGCUGGGCAAAACUGCUGUAACCCUGCCACCACCACCACCAAACCGCUAGUAUUCUGUGUUUUAAAUUACACCAGAGUUUUGAAGCUGCCAGUCUGUCUUUUGUUCCCUGGAUGAUGUGAGAUGUGAGGGACAGUGGGAUGUGCUGCUGCUCUCCCACUGAACAAUAAAACUGAAAAAUCUGUCCGCAAGGUCUCCUGUAGUCUUGGUGCACUCUUCUUUGAAAAGGACAAGAGAUGCUGUAAAUAAUGCCACCUGGAGCACGCACCCAAGCUCUGAUGGAUGAAAACUCUGUCAUUACAAGGAGAAAAUUCGAGAAUGCAAUGUUUUCUCAAAAAAAUAAAAGAUUUGUAUCUGUCUUCUGGAA